GCUAGUCGACGGUUACAAGCUAUAAAUGCCGCAGUGGAACGAACAACCAUGAACUAUCACAAUCACCAAAGAAUCGUCGGCAAUGGCCAGCUGCGCAAGAUUCGAAGCCGUAUUCCAGUCCCUGGUUGGGGAAUUACGAGAAGAACUAGCCCAGAGAGGUUUGCCGAACGACCACAACGACCGGUUCCAGCAAUGCUUGAUUUCAAAUACGCAAGGUGGCAAGCUCAACCGCGGACUCACGGUAGUCGAUACCGGCCUGAGUCUCCUGCAGCGGUCUCUGAGCGAUGACGAAUUCCACCACCUAAGCAUCCUAGGCUGGGCAACCGAGAUUUUCCAAGCGUCCUAUCUCGUCUGGGACGAUAUCAUGGACAGCUCCGAGUACCGACGCGGAAAGCCCUGCUGGUAUCGGCAGGAAGGAAUUGGCUUGACUGCCGUAAAUGACGCCGCCAUGCUCCAUUCCUCCAUCUUCCGCAUCCUCCGGAAACAUUUCAAAACCCACCCGGCGUACUGCGACUUGCUAGAGCUUCUGCAGGAGGCGUCGUUCCGGACGGAGCUGGGUCAGCUGUGUGAUACGCAUGUGCGUGACAUGGCUGACAUGACGAGUGAGAUGUAUUCGUCCAUUGCGAUCAACAAGACUGCGUUUUACAGUUUCUUUUUGCCGGUGGCGCUAGCAUUGCAUUAUCUCCAGCGUGCUAGCGAGGUGAAUCUGAAACAAGCGGAAAGGAUUCUUCUUCCGAUGGGCGAGUACUUUCAGAUUCAGGAUGACUAUCUUGAUGUAUUUGGAAAUCCCGAGGUUACUGGAAAGGUGGGCAUGGACAUCCAGGAUAACAAGUGCUCUUGGAUUAUUGUCCAGGCGCUACAACGCUGUAACGACGAGCAACGAGAAGUGUUAUUCCCGUCAUAUGGUCAAAAGGGCGACAUGCACGAAGCGAGAGUCAAGCAGGUCUUUGGCCAGAUCGACAUGGAAGAAGUAUACCGGCAGUUCGAGGAUGCGAAGAUCAACGAGCUCCAAGCCGAGAUUGGCCGCAUUGAAGAAGGAGCAGGAUUGAGGAAGGAGGUCUUUACGCUGCUUCUUUCAAAGAUUAUGCACAGGAACAAGUGAGCGUCAUGGGUUCUCGCCAAUUAGAAUCAUUCUUUGGCGCUCAGCUGUGAUAUCGGAUUUAGUAUAUUGUCCGUGCUUGGAAUUAUGAAUUUAAACUGAAUCCUCGAUCCUUUGCCGCUGUACUCCGUAGAGCAGUCUCCAUAGUUCAACU